AUGGCUCCUCUCCCGCCGGACCCUUACAAGAUACUUGGCGUCUCCAAGGAUGCCCAGGUACCAGAGAUUCGCUCCUCGUACCGAAAACUCGUCCUCCAGUGCCAUCCUGACAAGGUUCAAGAUCCCAAACUCAAGGAGCAAAAGCAGAAUGAGUUUCAGCGCGUCCAGCAGGCCUACGAACUCCUCACCAACGAAGCCGAGCGCCAAAAGUACGACGACAAGGCCAGGCUUGAAGAUCUCCGUCGUCAGCUCAAGGAAAAGGCCAAUAUUUCCACCCCCAGAGCAAAGUACUCGACCGAGUUUGAGAUUCGCACCCCCGACAUGCGCUCAUCCACCUUUAAGUCUUCGCCCUCUUCCGCCAAGGUUUACUCGUUCAGCCGCUACGACGACGAAUAUGCCCCCCGCGGCACUCGCAUCUUUGAGACCAAGAGCAGCCGCCCCUCCAAGCGCGACCCCAGCGUUUCUGAACGGCAGUCAAAGCGCGAUGCCGAAAAGGACCGCGAGCGUCAGAAGGACAAGGAGCGUGAUCGUGAACGCGAACGCCGCCGCAAGGAAGAGGACGAUGCCGCCCGCCGGAAGACCGAAAAAGAAGCCCAAAAGGCUGAAAAGAGACGCAUGGAGAAACAGCGUGAUCGCGACAUGAAGCGCGAGGCCGAGGAAAAGUACCGAUCUCGCAAUCAUAAGGCCUCGGUCGAGGUUUUCGAGGAUGAAGUCCCCAAGUCGGAACGCAAGCGUUCGAGUAAAAAGCACGAUGACAAGUCGGCCCGUGCCUCACCCCGCGACGAAAAACCCGAUCCCUCGUCCCGCCCGCCUCUUACCAAGAGCCCAUAUCUGUACUCUCCUGACGACUGUCUGGCUUACAACGCCGCGACGUCGUAUAUGCAGGCUUCCCGUGGCGCCCCUGGCUUAAAUCGUUCCUAUUCGUAUUCCACCCGUCCCGUCUACCCUCCUGCCGCUCCCUCGCCACCUCCCACCACUUCCAAGAAGGUGUAUGCGACGGAAGAUUCGGAUUCCGACGAAUUCAUCCGACGAUCGUCUGCUCCCUCACGCCGCGGCUCCGGCGACGGUCCACGAUUAUCUCGCGAGCGUUCGGCUUAUCGCAAAUCUUCCAAUGAGGUUCUCGACGAUAAUGUUCACGCUGUUCCUUCUCCCGCCACGCGCCACACAUCGUCAUUUAGCCGCUCAAUGCCCAUGGGCAGCUCGCCACCCCAUCACGACAUGCAUCUGCCGCGUACCAACUCGAUGCCUCAGCCUAGUUUUACCCGGCCCGGCCCUGGCAUAAAGCGUGCGCACACUUUUGCCGCCCCGGAUAUGCCGCGAGGUCGAGACCGCUCUCGCAAUCAACCGCAGGUACAUGUAGAACCUGAAGAGUCUGACGAAGACUACGGCCGCGAGCGCGAGCGGGAUCGCAGGUACCGCAGCCGCAGGACGGCGUCGCCCGAGCCGGUGGGCUCUUCGUCUGUCUUUCGCUACGAGGUGGACAGCAGCAGCCGACGCACACGACCAAUGGCGCCGCCUCCAAUGGACGCUGAUGCCAGCCAUGGUCACUACAUGUACGGACCAGGCGUGCGGCCCGAUACGCGCGCUCCCUCUAACUACCGCGAGGGAAGUUACGGCAUGGCACCCGGCCGCUACCCUAGCGUCAAGACUUCCAAGUACGAAGACAUCCAGUACAGCCAAUAUCAUCCAUCGUACAACAACCCCGUGCGCGCAUGA